AUGCCUUCAGGAGCAGGAACUGGUACCAAUCCCAUCCACAAUAAGCAGAAGAAAAAGGUUGCGAAGGAGUUGGACGAAGAUGAGAUAGCAUUCAAGGCAAAGCAACAAGCUGAUAAGAAGGCGCGCGAAGAGAUGGCGAAGAAAGCGGGAGGGAAAGGGCCUUUAAACAGCGGUAACCAGGGUAUCAAGAAGUCUGGAAAGAAAUAG